AUGGAGCACUGCAGGGAACUUCAAGUGGACCAGUCUCAUGAGAGGGACAGGCUGAAGAUGAGAAUUGCCGUUUUGGAUGAGAGUGUGAGAUCCUGUGAGCUGGAGUGUAGAGCCAGCAGAGAGACGGUGAUGAUGCUGGUGGCCGCGCUGGACCGAGAGAGAAGGAAGGCCGCCAGCAGCGCGGCAGCACUACACUCACUCAAAGGGGAGUCAGAGGGCCUGGCGGCAGGCAGGCGGAGUGUGGAGAUGGAGAGGGGGACCCUGGUGGAGCGGCUCGACGCCAGCAAGAAAGUUGUGGAGGCGGCGAGGCGAGAGUCCCGUUGUCUGGAGAAACAGGUGCAGGAGCUGGAAGAGAAGCUCCAGAGGAGCCACAGAGAGACUCGCGCGGCGGAGGAGAAGCUGCAGAAGUUCCUGGAGAACGUGGCGGGCCUGCUGCCGGGGAAGAGUGAGGACGCUCCUCUGCUCACGGAGGAAGAGGUUCUGCACAACCUGGAUGAGGUCUGCAAUAAGUCCCUGUCGGUGAUGGAGGCCCGGCUGCGUCACGCCUCCGAGCAGCUGAGUGAGCAGGCGGAGCUCGGGCUCCGGGCCCUGCAGAGGGCUCAGCUGGCGGAGCAGCAGGUCCAGGACCUGAGGGAGCGGCUCCGAGGCCUGGAGGCCGAGCUGCAGGCCGCAGACGUGCAGCGCGACGGGCUGAGGCUCCACAGACAGCAUUUUGCAGAGUUCCUGGAGCAGCUGUCGGAGGCCAUGAGGGUGGAAAGCGUUGCUGUGGAUCUGGGCUUCGACAUGAGGCUGAAGCUCACCCUGAAACGGGCGGAGCAGCUCGUCAAGCAGGAGGCAGCAGCUCUGGUGGAGAGCAGGAGUCUGACCUACAGCCUGCAGAGAAAGUUCAAAUUGCAGAAAGACCAGCUGGAGAGCAAAGCCCUCCAUGUGCAGCUCCUGAGGAACAAGGUGUCCGAGCUGGAGGAGGAGAAGAAGAGGAGGUGCUCGGCGUCGGCCGUGGAGCGAGACGAUGCUCACCUGGAGACCCGGAGGCUGAGGAGGAAAGUGGAGCGUCUCCAAGGCGACCUGAAGGCCGCCGAGCGGUCCAACGUGGAGCUCGAGGCCCGGCUGGUCCACAACAGUGAGCUCAAGAUGCGAGUGGUGGAACAGGACCGGGCCCUGCAGGACCAGAACCAGAGGCUGGAGCAGCUGGACACGGUGAGCUCGGACCUGAGGAGCCGAGAGCAGCAGAGCAGAGAGGACCAGCGGCAGCUGGCCGGCCUCAGACGGAGCCUGAGCCAGCUGUCGGACAGGGAGAGGGAGCUGGUGGAUUUCCGGAUGGUGGUUUCCCAGAUGUUGGGUCUGGACGCCAGUCUGGAUCUUCCAAGCUAUGACAUCAUCAAAUCAUUGGAGGGUCUUCUUCACACGUAUCAUCACCACCAUCAUCACCAUCCUGGUAACAUGGCCUGGCAUUGUCCUGCUCACCAGAGGCCUGAAGUCCAGGACCUUCCCUCCAGCUCCUCUUUAGAUCUUCCUCCCUCCGGGUCUGCUCCCCUUCAUGAAGCCCAGAUUUAAUAUAUAUAUAAAUAUACACACAUGCCAAACUGGACUUUCAUAUUAAUGUAUUCUUGUGGUCUCACAAAUAUAUCAAAAUAAAACCUUAUCAAAUCAUAGAAAACCCUAUUUGUCUUGUUUUGUGUU